AUGACUUCCUGGGUAUCUGAAAAGUACAACAACGCCUACAACAACUACGUUCCAUGGGUCGAGGACAAGGUCCUCGGAUACUGGGGUGAGAACAAGACGUCGUAUACCGCGAAAGAUAAGCUCUCUACAGACGUGACCGGCGAUAAGAACAUCAACGCUAUCCAAGGUGGCGUGGCUGAAGGUGUGGGUGGUACACUCUCCUCUGGUGGCAUUUUGGGCAGCGUCGGGGAUGCCAGUAGCAAAGAAGGUGUGACGAGGGUGGAGAAGGGAAAUUUGGAUGCGCAGCAAGCACAGAAGAAGAACCAAGGAAGCUGGACAAGUACGCUCAGCGGUGGAUACUUCGGUGGCGGAAAGUAA